AGUGUGUUCGUAUUUGUUGUAUAUUGUGCUGACAUUUGACAUGUCAACUUGAAAUGAAACUUACAGAUUACAAUGAUUUGAUAAAUUCGAUUCAACAAACAGGAAAUAGUUUACGGAAACCAUGUCUUCGGUUCCGCCCCCUACAAAACCUCCAAGAGGAAUUAAAAGCCCGAAAGAAAAGAGUGGCUUGCUUAUGACUGUGAUUCGCACUCUGUCGACGAGCGAAUCGAAUGAACAGCGCGACAAAGAGAAGGCAAAAUUGGAGAGAGAGUACAAGAAAAGCGACCAGCAGCUCGAUGAACUCAUUUCGGUGCACGAUAAGGACCUCACCCAGGUUAUGCAGACAUUCAGUAAGGUGUCGGCACUGGUGAACAAUUCUAGGGAGAAAAUAAGACUGGUGAAGGAGAACCUGCAGGCGUGUAAAACGCUGCUCAGCUGUCGGCGAGACGAACUGAAAAAGCUCUGGUUGGAGGGAAUCGAGCACAAACACUUGUUGCAGUUGCUAGAAGAAAUCAACCAGUUGCAAGAAGUGCCGUCGCAGCUGGCAUCCUACUUGGCUCGCAAGCACUACCUGCACGCCACCCAGCUGCUGGUAUCUCUCGACAAUGUCAGUCUCAAGGGAGCCGACGGUCUUUCCGAUCUCCGGGUCGAGUUGCACAAUAAAACUCAGGCCCUGCACACGAAGCUACUGGAGGAACUGAAUGACCAGCUGUACGUGCAGUCAACGCAGGACGUGUUGGUGAGUCGACUGCAGCGACAGGGCUCGGGUGGGAGGGGGGAGAGGAGGGAGUCGACCACUGUCACGCCGGUGCAGGCGAUGAUGAAGCGUGAACACAGCUCGGCAUCGCUCCAGAGCCAAAGCCAGGGCAACACGCCCAACGCUAGGAAGAUGUUGGACUUUAGCGGCUAUGAUAGCAAAAUGGAAAUGAGUGAUCUGAUAGAAGACGUGGACCAGCCUGACCCGGAGAAGGACUCUGACCACUUCAUGGCUAUCAUAAUCGAGUGCCUUGCCUUGCUCAACAAGCUACCUGAAGCUGUCGAGAAUCUCCGCAGCACAAUGCACAGUCAACUGGUGGCUCUAGUCGAUCGCACGACGCAGAGCUGUCUUUCGCAGGCGUCGGUGACGUCAGUGACGCAGGGGACGAUCGCAGUGACGUCAUCACCAGGCGUGACGUCACCGCCAGGCGUGAUGCUGCUCGAACUGCUGCAGGUGUUGAUCGACCAAUUCAAGAUGGCAGCCGCGCAGCACAGGACUGUGCUCGCUCUGCUCGUGAAGAGCGCGCGCGCACAUCACGUGCACAUCAGUCUCUACAGUUUGACCGACUAUUGGGCGCAGGUGCAGGCUACGUUGCAGCAAGUGCUGACCGCAUACCUGGACGUGCCGGAGACGGCUGGUGCUGAUGGAAGCACAGCCUCCGGUCAGCCGUCCAAUUCAGCAUCGUCAGCAUCCUACUCCGACCAGAACAACGACAUCUCGGCCUACUUCAGCCGUCGCAAACUGCAGAGGACGAGAAAGUCACUCUUCAAGUUUGAAAAUUCAACGUACUCGCUAACCAAGAAUAGUUACUUGACAGAUGGACUCAAUUUCAAGUAUGGCGAUAACCAAAGACAGAAGAACGUGGUGUGUCCGCCGAGUCCGCAGAACAUCACCGUCAUCUACAUUCCCCUGCUGCAGUUUGUCAGUGACAUCGAAGAAGCCACAGCAUGUGGACCCGACAACCCAUGCCAGCUGAACGCAUUCAUGUACAAGUACGUGAAGGAGGUGUUCGUGAAGCGAUGGUCGUUGGGGGUGGGGGGACGAAUGGAGGGGGCCACCAAGUGUGCGGAUGCGUGGAAGGCUACCACCUCCACUGAGGUCACCGCUCAGAGGGGCCUCUCCAAGCCUCUCUUACAGAGCACAGUGCUGAUGGACGAGUGCCUUAGCGAGACACGUCAGCUGAUGGAGCAGUUGCCCAGCAACGCGGGUGACCUGCUGCAGUCGCUGAUUGGUGUGCUGUGGCAGUACAGGGAGACGUGUGUGGCCGCCUACAGGGGCAUCGUGCAGCCCCACCCCGAGGCCAGCGACCGGCCUGUCUGCAGCGCCACCUGGCUCAAUGACGACGACAUUUCACGCUUCCUCAAGUCGCUACCGAACUGGCUGGACUUGAAAGCACAGAAAUCGUCGUCAUUCUCGCACCACCACCAGUCGACGCAGAAGCAGCUGAAACGCGACGACACCGUCGAAGAGGAAAGUCCGGAAGAUGUGCGCAUGCGCAACACGAAAGAGGCGGAGAUGCUGGCCUCGAAUCUGGGCGAGAGCGGCGUCAGUAGCCACGAGAUAAUUGCUGACGCCGCACAACUCAAGUGCUUGGCUCAGCUGCAGGAGAGCAUGGAGUGGUUAGCUCAGCGGCUGGCCUCGUUCACCGCCGAUUUGCUGCAACAGCAUCGGGGGGCUCAGGACGGAGGUGCAUACCCGGCGGUGGGCUCAGCUGUUCCGCGCAUUAGUGUGACCAACGUGGAUGGCAUUCCCGAGCUGCCGGAACAGCUGAUCAAGACCCUGCAUCAGCUGACGGCUGCCUUUGACGAACUCGCCAACACCUGUCUGCUAGUGCUGCAUUUGGAGGUUCGAGUGCAGUGCUUCUACUACCUGCUGCCGAUGGGUGGUGGUGGUGGGUCGGGAGGGGUUGUGUUGGGCGGCGGAGUGGGAGGGGGUGUGACGUCACAGGAUGCCGACCCCAUGGUGCUGGAGCUGAGUCGUGUGCUCUGCACCAUAGAUGAGGCCAUGGCGUCCAGUCUGCAGGCUAGAAAGUCGAAGUACGUGUUCGAAGGCCUGGGUCACCUGAUAGCGAAGAUCCUGACCAGCUCGACGCAGCUGGCAGCUCGCAUCGACGAGGAGUGCAUCAGGCGCAUGAGCCGCAACAUUUUCAUCCUGCAGCAGACACUCUCCAACAUCACGCUCGCACGCGAGACUGCGCUCGACCACGCGCGCAACUACUUCCAGCUAUUCUAUCUCACGCCUGACGAGAUCCUGAACCGUGUGAUGGAGAAAGGCGCCGAAUUCAGCGAGCUGGAGUACAUGAACGCAUUCCAGCUGAUCCAGCGCAGUCGAUCAGCUGACGGCACACAAUCAGCUGAUUCGUCCAUCCAGCGACACAUGCAACGGCUGUCCGACAUACUCGGAGAGGUCGGGGUCACCGUUUGAUGACGCAAUCACAUUGUCUGCUACUAAUGACGUCAUUGAAUUAGUUACUAAUGAUUACGUCAUUGAAUUUAGUAAGUGAUGUUUGUUAUUAAUGACGUCAUCACAACAUUGUCUGCCACCGUGCUUGUUCAUAGUCUACUUUGUUAAAUCAUUGUCAUUAUCAUUGAAGCAGGCGCUUGUUUUAUAAGCCUAAGGGUAAGACUCCACAGGCUGAACUUCACUGCUUGAGUCGGCAGUAAUAAUAAUCUGCUUGAUGAGUUUCCAAGCAAAAUAGGCUACCUGUCGUCAAUCAGGUAAAUAUUGAUGAAUUUUCACGAGCAGUUAAUUUACUGCUCAAUUUGUGUAGCAAAAUACCUGUCAUCAAUCGGUUAAAUCUUGCAAAAUAAUCGUUACAAAUCUAAUAUUACCUGAAAAAUGGGACCACUUCAAUCUAUACGCCGUAUGACCUUGAUACUUUUCCUUCUUUUUUACUGCUGCAGACUAAUUACUGUGCGUCUAGCCGCCUUCCAUUCCUACAAUUGGAUCUAUUUCCAGCAGUAAAACUUCUGGAGAACCGAACAGUAAAAUACUGGCUUUAGAGGCAUACCCUUACAGCCGAGUUGUCUUGAUAUUUUGGAAAGUUGAUUUAGAUAUUUCUUCAGAUAUCAUUGGUUAACUUUUCUUUGUAAUUUUGGUGGAUUAACCAUCUAUUAGUGAGAUUCAGUUUAUAUUGUAUAGCAUUCCUUAUGAGUUAGAUCAACGCUUCCCAUUCAACCAAUGCUGACAGUUUAAAGUGGAUCUCACUAUAGUGAGGUGAUAUUUUUAGGGCCAACUGUAUAAUAGAAUACUAAGGCCUGUUUCAUUAAUAAUGGUAAUGACUUGUUAUAUCCUGUAACCUAUUAUGAAACUAUUACACUGUAAUCUUAAUGCUUACUUGAUUUGAGCCAAUCCACUGUGAGAAGAGUCACUGAGGCGGACCAAACCAGUCUGCUUUUUACAGCCAACAUAAUAUUUGUUUGCAAAUAUUUAUUUUUAAAAUGCAUUACAAAUGUUAUGUUGUAAACAAAAUAUUUGACUCUUAUGUAGUAGAGAUGAAAAUGACUCUUCCAUUCUGUAGUUCAGCUUUAUACAAGCUUGUUUUAACAUACAAGGGUGUCAGAAACAUCUCUACAGUUUUAACAAGGGGAUCUUACCACUUAAUACAGCAUUAUACUUCUUAGCUUUUUUAGUUAUGUGAUUCUUAUGUUUUUUCAAUGCUAUGGAGAUUUUUGCAAGUGACCGCUACACAAUUGACAAGUGUGAUGUACGUACAGUGAUAUGAUUCUCUUUAAACUAUCAGCGUUGUUUGCAUGGGAAGCAUGGGUUUUAUAUUCAGGAAUGCUGACAGUUUAAAGUAAAUUGAACAAUCAUAUUAAAUUAUCAUCUUAUAAUCUGUGCGUCAGAUAAAAAGCAAAGACACUCACUGUUAUUAGUAUUUAUAACUGCUGUAAUUAGUUGUUAUUUAUUGGAAAUAGAUAGAAUAAAGUAAUAUUACCCUUACUAGCAGUAAUAAUAUUAUUGUAAAUACUUUAUGCUUUUUUUAGUCUCGGUUUCCAAGAAUAUGCGCUGACUUGAAAAUUUAUCAUUUUAAUCCCCUAUUUGGUAAUUCCACCUAUUUUUUUGCAACUCUUAUGGAAAAUGAGUUAGUGGAAGCGAAAAAUAGUUCUGGACAAUAUAUGGGGACCAUUUUCCCCCAAUAAGUAUUAAAUAUUUUUACAACAGUACUUACAUGUAUGGUACUAUGUACUGCUAUCUUGUAAUACUUCUUUACUAAUUCAGCGUGAGCUCUAUGCAAUACGAUGUAAUAAAUUGUACUAAUAUGAGUAAAUUAUGUACUGUUGUUAAACUGAAAUUUGGUUCUCAAUAUAUUAUUGACUAAUGUUGUAAGUUAGGAUGAGAAUCUACAUUAAGUUCUUGGGGACCGAGGUUUUUGGAUGUGUUUUUCCUGUGAUAGUAUUUUUUGUCUUAUAUUACCAACAUUUUAGAGAAUGUUUCUCUCAAGAACUGUCUUCAUAUAACGAUCGAUAGAUUAAUAAUAUUGGUUAAUUCAUCUUUUAACUUCAGUCUCAUCCUAGUAAAGAAUCAAUUUCCAACUUUACGAUUAUGAACUCAAUAAUUAUUGUUUCUGAGGUUAUAAUAGGAGAGUGGAAAGUUAAAAUCUUAUGAUAAUAUAUUGUGACCUGGCUGGCUCAUGUCUGGUAUAGGUGUUAUUCAGGUGACACCUCAAAGGAACCCAAAGUGACUUGUAAGCCAAUUUUAUAGAUACGGAUAAAUGUAAUAUGUUUUUAUUCAAUACCACCACAGGAAAAAUACACCUCAAUUUAGACAUACAUACGAACGCAAUAAACUGCAUCUCAUCUCAUUGUAUUAUAAUCUCAUAUAACAUUGUUGACACUUAGUUUUAGGAAGAAAUUUAUUAGAAUGAAAUAUUUAGGAUUUUAUUUGUUGAAUUUUGAAUUCAACAUAUUUGAAUUUUAUUUAACUUAGCAGCUAGCUUCCAACUUGUAAACAUAUAUUACAUUAUUAUUUACAA